ACUGGAGCAGGAAGCGGAAAGGAACGAGUUGAAAUGCUCUUUUGUGUUGAUGUUUUGAGCUGUUUAACGUUAAUUUGUCAAGCAAUUCAGAGCUAUUUGACAUAUAUUUAAUUAAAGAUUACAGGUCUCUUUGAAAAGCUGUCAAUACGAAGGGGGAAAUAACAGGAAAUCGACAUGAACCUAGAGCGCCUUCCCAAUGAGGAGAAACUCACCCUCUGCAGGAAAUACUAUUUAGGGGGAUUUGCAUUCCUUCCGUUCCUGUGGCUGGUGAAUGUGGUGUGGUUUUUCAAAGAGGCCUUUGUAAAGCCAACAUAUACUGAACAACUCCAGAUCAAAACAUAUGUAAAGCGUUCAGGGCUGGGGUUGCUACUGUGGGUUGCAGUACUCACCACAUGGAUAACCAUAUUCCAACACUUCAGAGCAGAAUGGGGUGAGGUGGGCGACUACCUCUCCUUCACCAUUCCACUUGGCAUUCCCUGAGACAGACAAGGCGGGGAAACAAGAACGCUUCCUACUGUAUAAAACUUGACCAUGACAGAAUUAAUAGACAAAUCUAACAGGUUGAAAUAGUUAAAUGUGUAGUUGAUCUCAAUGGAUAAUCAUAGUAAUUUUUUCUGGGCUUUAAUGAGUGGGAAGAUUCCUGUGAACACUGCACCUCCUCCCCAAAUUGUGUCUAGUGUGUGGAUUUCUCAACACGUUUGAGUACAUUUGGAAGGUUAAACAGGCGAAUGGUAUGUAUGACAAAAAUAAAUGGCAAAUUCAUAAACUUUCUAAAUUAAAUGGAAGUGUAUGCUUUUUUUAUUUGCUGUAAUAAAGUUUUGAACUUAUAUGCUA